AUGCUUUACAUUUGGCACUUGCAUCGUAAACGAUUCUUACUUUACCUGAGUCUUUCUUUACUACCGGUUGGUGCGGUAUAUAAUGUACGUGUUCUACUUUCUUUGUUGGAUCUUUUACUUCUUCUAUUAUCUCCAAUGCUAUCUGUUGUUUAAUAAUUUUGUCAUAUUCUUCUAAUAAUUUUUUAUCUUUUCUCAAUCUUUUGAGUGUUGAUAUUAAUCUUCCUCUUGCUAAUGCAAAGUUUGAUUGUAAAUUACUUGCGUUCUCGUUCCAAGGUAGUGAUACUUCGUAU